AUGGCGGAAGGACGAAGAGAACUGCCACCGCAUCCUCUCCUGUCGCUACCACCGGCCAGUAAGCGACCAUGCUUGCGCCCGGCUCCCCGGGGUCCCGGCCCUGGGCCCGGACACGGAUUAAUCAACUCCCGGUAUCGUUCCCCGGAGUCCCUCUUGGACUGUGCCGCGAAGGCAGUAGCGGAAAAGUGGGCCUUCGAAAGAGUAGAGGAGCGUUUUGAGCGGAUCCCAGAACCCGUUCAGCGUCGUAUCGUCUACUGGUCUUUCCCCCGCAACGAAAAGGAGAUAUGCAUGUACUCUUCGUUCCAAUGCCGCGUAGCCGGCGAGGAAGCUCCGUCGACGGCGACCAGCGGGUCAGGAGCUACUGGGUCCGGACCAACAACUAACGCCGGUGGCGGAGGAACCGCUACUGUUACGACGACGACAGUAGGAACAACCGGAGCAAUGGGAACUGGAGAUGCAUUGCCUUUCCGCCGUGGUAUCAGGUUGCUCGAGACUGGCUGUGUGGAAAAUGUUUUACAAGUCGGUUUUCACCUGAGCGGCACGGUAACCGAACCGGCCUCCUCAUCGGAGCCAGAGAUCACCCACAAGGUGGCCAUCAGCUUUGAUCGUUGCAAGAUUACCUCUGUCACCUGUGGCUGUGGAAAUCGGGACAUUUUUUACUGUGCCCAUGUGGUGGCACUGUCUCUGUACAGGAUCCGCAAGCCUGAACAGGUGAAACUUCGGUUGCCCAUCUCAGAGACAUUGUUCCAAAUGAACAGAGAUCAACUGCAGAAGCUGGUCCAGUACCUGAUUACAGCACACCACACUGAGGUCCUGCCCACAGCUCAGAAACUGGCCGACGAGAUCCUCUCAUCUAAUUCUGAGAUCAACCAGGUUCACGGUGCUCCUGAUCCAACCGCCGGUGCGAGCAUUGAUGAUGACAACUGCUGGCAUCUGGAUGAAGAUCAAGUUAGGGAACAAGUGAAGCAGUUUCUUUCCCAGGGAGGAUACUAUGGCUCUGGGAAGCAGCUCAACUCCAUGUUUGCUAAGGUGCGUGAGAUGUUAAGAAUGCGCGACUCAAAUGGUGCCCGAAUGCUGACUCUCAUAACGGAACAGUUUAUGGCAGACCCUCGUCUGUCGCUAUGGAGACAGCAAGGCACUGGCAUGACAGACAAAUGCAGGCAACUUUGGGAUGAGCUGGGUGCAUUGUGGGUGUGUGUCGUGUUAAACCCCCACUGUAAGAGUGAGGAGAAGAACAGUUGGCUCAAGCAGCUGAAGAAAUGGAGCGACAUGGAUGUGUGCCCACUGGAAGAUGGCAACUAUGGUAGCGAGCUCCCAAACAUUACCAACGCUCUGCCGCAGAGUAACCUUGCCCAGGACUCUCUGUCCAGGCCAAGGAGGACGGUAUUCAGCCGAGCUGUUGAGGCUUGCAACCUCCACUGGCAAGGUAGCCACCUCCAGAGGAUCAUCAGCAGUGAUUACUACAUGUCUCCAUCAUACCAGAGAGAUGAGGAGAGUCUGCUGUUUAAUCCACAGGGCCUGCCGCUCUGGCUGGACCACGUACCGACUGCAUGUGCUCGUGUCGAUGCCUUGCGUUCCCACGGUUACUCCAGGGAAGCCUUGCGGUUAGCCGUGGCUAUCAUCAACACACUCCGGCUACUGCAGCAGCGUGAGAUGGACAUCUAUAAACACCAAAAGAAAGAGCUUCUCCAGAGGGGCGUGACUACCACCACUAAUCUGGAAGGCUGGGUGGGACAUCCUCUGGACCCUAUCGGCUGCCUGUUUACUACACUCACUGAAACAUGCCGGGUCGAUGACGACAGCACUAUGGACACCGGAGAGGGUGAGCCCAGACGUCCAGUCUACCACCAUGUGCCAGUGUGGGGCAGUCAUGAUGGAGGAGAGUCGUACUUGACUCUAGCCUUAGAGGUGACGUUAAUGGGUAUGGGCCAACAAAGGAUAAUGCCAGAAGGCCUCUAUGCGCAGGAUAAGGUGUGCCGUAAUGAAGAGCAAAUUGUUGCAAAACUGCAAGAGCUGGAGCUGGAUGACGUGCUGGUACAAACUCUCCAGAAACAGGCCAUACAACUACUAGAAGCUGGUCCAUUCAGCGGUCUCGGUGAGGUCAUCCACAGGGAGAGUGUUCCUAUGCACACUUUUGCCAAGUACCUCUUUUCUGCACUGCUGCCACAUGAUGCAGACCUGGCAUAUAAGGUGGCUCUCCGUGCCAUGAGGUUGCCAGUUUUGGAGUCUUCUGCAGGCUCCGGGGAUGUCGGUCACCCUCAUCAUGGCAUUUCCAUAGUUCCAAGUAGGUAUCCACGUUGGUUCACUCUGGGACACUUGGAGUCACAGCAGUGCGAGCUUGCAUCCACGAUGCUUACUGCUGCUAAAGGUGAUAUGUUGAGACUGCGGACAGUUCUGGAAGCCAUUCAGAAAAACAUCCACUCCUCUUCCUUAAUAUUUAAACUUGCCCAGGAUGCCUUUAAGAUAGCUACACCUGCAGACAGCCCGCCUGAUAUAACUCUGCUCAAUGUGGCAUUGGAGCUCGGACUUCAGGUGAUGAGAAUGACUCUAUCAACUCUCAACUGGAGGAGAAGAGAAAUGGUCCGCUGGUUGGUAACAUGUGCCACUGAAGUCGGUCUCCGUGCUCUUGUGAGCAUUUUACAGAGCUGGUACACCCUCUUCACCCCCACUGAGGCCACCAGUAUUGUUGCGGCCACCGUCAUGUCCCACAAUACCAUCCUGCGACUCAGCCUGGAUUACCCUCAACGAGAAGAGCUGGCCAGUUGCGCGAGGACGCUGGCGCUGCAGUGCGCCAUGAAGGACCCUCAGAACUGUGCCCUGUCAGCUCUGACGCUCUGCGAGAAGGACCACAUCGCCUUCGAGACAGCCUACCAGAUUGUGAUCGACGCCGCGUCAACCGGAAUGACCUACUCACAACUCUUCACUAUCGCCAGGUACAUGGAACACAGGGGGUACCCGUUACGCUCCUUUAAGCUGGCCUCCCUCGCCAUGACCCACUUGAACCUGGCUUACAACCAGGACACUCACCCGGCCAUUAAUGACGUUCUGUGGGCCUGCGCGCUCAGUCACUCUCUGGGCAAAAAUGAGCUCGCUGCAAUUAUUCCGCUGGUGGUGAAAAGCGUCCACUGCGCCACCGUUCUCUCAGACAUCCUGCGGCGGUGCACCAUGACAGCACCGGGUCUCGCCGGAAUCCCUGGCAGACGGAACUCUGGGAAGCUGAUGUCGACAGACAAGGCGCCUCUGCGGCAGCUGCUGGAUGCUACGAUCUCUGCGUACAUUAACACCACGCACUCUCGACUGACGCACAUCAGUCCGCGGCACUAUGGAGAGUUUAUCGAGUUCCUAAGCAAAGCGCGGGAAACGUUCCUGUUGGCACAAGAUGGUCACAUUCAGUUUGCCCAGUUCAUAGACAACCUCAAACAAAUCUACAAGGGCAAGAAGAAACUCAUGAUGCUGGUCAGAGAACGUUUCGGAUGA